ACAACGGAAGCGACUGAUAUAUAGGACUUAAAAUUUUCAUUUUGUUAAUUUAGAUAAAGAACUUUGUAAAAAUGAGUGUUCUUUACUUUACACUUGCCGUUCUGUUUUAUUCGGCGUGCGGAGAGGAAACCUGCGACAAGCGGUUAUCGCUGUUAGAGGAAGAAGUCAAGGCACUUCAGGAAACAUUAUCAAAAACGGUAAAAUCUCCUCGGUAUCUUCUCGAACCUAAUGGCGAGGGUGUUGCCUUCUAUGUUCAGCUUUCGACCGACAUGACCCAUGUUGGGAACCAUCAGACAAUUGUAUUCGACGUAGUUACAACCAACAUAGGAAAUGGAUAUAAUAGAAUAGACGGCAUAUUCACUGCACCGAUUGGAGGAACGUACGUGUUUACCUGGACGACCACGAAUAAAAAUAGAAGCUACAUGACCACAGAACUCUUGAAGAAAGGCUUUAUUGUGCUUGGAAAGACAACGUCUGAUGCUAUGGACCAUGAUGACUAUGCCAUUGCCACAAAUAGUGUAAUUGUACAACUCAACCAAUACGACGAAAUCUGGGUACGAUCAGGAACCUGGCACAGCGGGACGUUGGCCGGAGACAUGUAUUCCACGUUUUCUGGCUUUCUGUUGUAUCCUAACUAAAGUUAUGUUAUCUUUACUGUGUAUACGAUAUCAUAACAAUGAAAUAAAAUUGCCACUGGUAAAACAUACGAUGAGUGGAAAGAAA